UGUUCUUCCGUCUAUCGACGGAACUCUGGGCUCCCGGAUUUGGUUGUUGUGUACGUGGAAGAAGCCAGCGCAUGCGCACGCAGGGCCCUCCGUCUCAGCUGUGCGGGAGGAGUUGAGGGUAGGGUCCCCGGUUCGGGGGAGCCUGUUGGGGUCAUGGCCACGCGCUGACAGGGCCAGCCAAGCGGAGAAGGGGGGCAAAGCCGUUCUUCUGCCCCUGUCCCCGGGCCUGAGGCCUUCCCGCUUGGUGCUGUUGCUGCCACUGCCGGCCGAAGAGGGGCGAUGAGUUGGUUCAACGCCUCCCAGCUCUCCAGCUUCGCUAAGCAGGCCCUGUCCCAGGCGCAGAAGUCCAUCGACAGGGUCCUGGACAUCCAGGAAGACGAGCCGAGCGCCUGGGCCGAGACCAUUCCAUACGGAGAGCCGGGAAUAAGUCCUCCUGUCAGCGGAGGAUGGGAUACUUCAACCUGGGGGUUGAAAUCAAACACGGAACCUCAGAGUCCACCAAUAGCCUCUCCUAAGGCCAUUACAAAGCCAGUUCGGAGGACUGUGGUAGAUGAAUCUGAAAAUUUCUUCAGUGCCUUUCUCUCUCCAACGGAUGUCCAGACCAUUCAGAAGAGUCCAGUGGUAUCAAAACCUCCAGCUAAAUCACAACGGCCAGAAGAAGAAGUAAAAAGCACCUUACAGGAAUCCUUGCACACUGGAAAGUCAAGAACUACUGAAACAACUGAAUCAAAAGUAAAAGACUCUUCUCUGUGUGUAUCAGGGGAAACUCUGGCAGCAGAUACUCCAUCACCUAAAACUGAAGGCAAACAUGAAGAAUCUGUUAAUAAAGAAUCUGAUAUGAAGGUGCCAACUGUACAUUUGAAAGUAUCUGAAAGUGUAGUUAGUGUAAAAACAGCUACAGAAAGUGUAUCUAAUGUGUCUACACAGUCUGUUACAGCAGAAACAAAGGACAUGGCUUCAGAAGCUAAGGAACAAAAACAUGAAGACAGACAGAGCAAUACACCUUCUCCUCCUGUUAGUACCUUCUCAUCAGGUACUUCUACCACCAGUGAUAUUGAAGUUUUAGAUCAUGAAAGUGUAAUAAGUGAGAGCUCAGCAAGUUCAAGACAAGAGACUACAGAUUCAAAAUCAAGUCUUCACUUGAUGCAGACAUCUUUUCAGCUUCUCUCUGCAUCUGCUUGUCCUGAAUAUAAUCGUUUAGAUGAUUUUCAAAAACUCACUGAGAGUUGCUGCUCCUCUGAUGCUUUUGAAAGAAUAGACUCAUUUAGUGUACAGUCAUUAGAUAGCCGGAGUGUAAGCGAAAUAAAUUCGGAUGAUGAAUUGUCAGGCAAGGGAUAUGCUUUAGUGCCUAUUAUAGUUAAUCCUUCAACUCCAAAGGCUAAGGUAGUUGAAUCUGUUGAAGGAAAAUCUGAAGAAGUAGUAAAUGAAACAUUAAUUAUACCCACUGAGGAAGCAGAAAUGGAAGAAAGUGGACGAAGUGCAACUCCUGUUAACUGUGAACAGCCUGAUAUCUUGGUUUCUCCUAUACCAAUAAAUGAAGGACAGACUGUCUUAGACAGGGUGGCCAAGCAGUGUGAAGCUGCUGAAAGUCAGCCAGAAGCACUUUCUGAGAAGGAAGACGUUUGCAAGCAAACCUUAAGAGAAAAACUUUCAAAACAGCAGCUGCAUAAUUCUAACAUCAUUAAGAAACUAAGAGCUAAAGACAAAGAAAAUGAAAAUAUUAUUACGAAGCUGAACAAAAAAGUUAAAGAGCUAGAAGAGGAGUUGCAACAUUUAAAACAGGUCCUCGAUGGUAAAGAAGAGGUUGAAAAACAACAUAGAGAAAAUAUUAAAAAACUAAAUUCUGUGGUAGGACGCCAAGAAAAGGAUCUUGGCAAACUUCAAGUAGACAUGGAUGAACUUGAAGAAAAGAACCGAAGUAUUCAGGCUGCCCUGGAUAGUGCAUACAAAGAACUUACUGAUCUUCACAAAGCCAAUGCUGCGAAGGAUAGUGAGGCCCAGGAAGCUGCUCUGAGCCGUGAAAUGAAAGCUAAAGAAGAACUUUCUACAGCACUAGAGAAGGCCCAAGAAGAAGCCCGUCAACAGCAAGAAACAUUAGCGAUUCAAGUGGGGGACCUUAGGCUGGCACUGCAACGAGCAGAACAAGCAGCUGCCAGAAAAGAGGAUUAUUUACGCCAUGAAAUCAGUGAACUUCAGCAGAGACUCCAGGAAGCAGAGAAUCGAAACCAAGAACUGAGUCAAAGUGUUUCAUCAACAACAAGACCAUUGCUUCGACAAAUAGAAAAUUUGCAAGCAACCCUAGGGUCCCAGACAUCGUCAUGGGAGAAGUUAGAGAAGAAUCUUUCUGAUAGGCUUGGUAACUGCUUUAGUUUUUAUCUAGAAAUUGGCAAUCUAGAAAAAACUCGAUCAAUAAUGGCUGAAGAGCUAGUUAAAUUAACAAAUCAAAAUGAUGAACUUGAAGAGAAAGUGAAGGAGAUACCCAAACUUCGAACUCAGCUAAGAACACUGUUGAAUAGUCAGUUAGAAAUGGAAAGAAUGAAAGUUGAACAAGAAAGGAAGAAAGCCAUUUUCAGUCAAGAAGCAAUAAAAGAAAAGGAACGCAAGCCGUUUUCUGUUUCUAGCACUCCCACCAUAUCACGCUCGAGUUCAAUAAAUGGAGUUGAUAUGGCAGGACUACAGACAUCUGUUCUGUCUCAGGAUGAGUCUCAUGAUCACUCAUUUGGACCAAUGUCUGCAUCAGCAAAUGGAAGCAAUCUUUAUGAUGCUGUAAGGAUGGGAGCAGGAUCAAGCAUUAUUGAAAAUCUACAGUCUCAGCUAAAGCUAAGGGAAGGAGAGAUUACUCAUUUACAGGUAUUGGAAAAAUUAAAUACAGUAUUUCUGUCGUUGGAUUUCUGA